AAAGUGGUGCAUUAGAACAACAUGGAAAAUACCCACAACUAUAUUACAUAACUGGUUCUUUACGUAUACUUAAUGGUCUUACAUUUCGUUAAAAAUCCGUUGCAUUUUAAAAACGUUGUUUAAUUCACCAAUUUAACGUAUUUUACAAUUCUCAAACGAAUAAUAUGAUAUCAUCCCAAAAGUAAGGUACUGUUUUAUAUAGACUUGUAUAGUGAAAAAGCUAGAAUUUUCGGUGUACGUAUGAGCUCCAACGAAUAAGCUCCAUGUUCCUGAAUAAAGCAAUGAGAUAUUACAGGUUUUGGAUCUACUCCUGUAACCUGGCUCUGUUUCUCAGUGUUCUCAUCUUUGUCUCAUUAGCUGCCUGGACGUUUACUGAUUACAGAAUGACUUUAUUUCCUACAAUUAGUCUCUAUCAUCCCACUUUCGUCUAUGCUUAUCUGGCAUUAAUUCUUCAAGGUGGUAUUCUUCAGGUUGUUGGUUGCUUGGGUGCUUUAAAGCUGAACGAACGGCUGUUGAAUAUAUACUGGUCCCUCAUGCUGAUGCUUCUUCUAGGUGACAUCAUUAUUGGUUUUGUGUGGAUCUUUCAUUAUAACCAUAUUGCCAGCCACCUACUUAGCGACCUGAAAACUAGAUUGCAGACAGAUUACGGGAGUGAUGUUGCUUUCCAGUUUCUCUGGGAUCGCUUACAACAGGAAGAAUACUGCUGUGGUGUAAUCGGACCACAGGACUUUAACUUAUCUACAUGGUUCUCUAGGCAACGACGUGCUUUUACGCGGCAACACCAGGUGGUCCCAUUAAGUUGCUGCGAAAAGCCGCUUGAAGACACUACGAUGGAGGACGUUAUCAAAAAUCACACGUAUAUUGAAAGCUUUCAUGGGAUUGAUGUAUAUCAGAAGGGUUGUUUCGUGGCAGUAUUUGGGUGGUUUCAACGAAGUGCAGAUAUGUUGUCUGUACUGGGUUUCUGCGUGAUUUCCUUCCUCAAAGUAUGUUUCUUGGGAAUUCUUCGAUACGAGAUCCGAGAAAUGAUCCAAAAAAUCAAGAUUUUGAAAGAUAUCGAUGACACUUCGUCAACAAACGUAACCGAGUCACUUAUUCACAUUCCAAAGUCAUCGUUUCAGAAAGAUACAUCAUGUUCUGAUGUUCGUUUGGACAACCAUGUGAUUCCCAACUACAACGUCGUGUCGUCGGAUCCUACUUCUAAAGACACAAACGGAAAUAAUAAUGAUACUGGACGAAGCUACUCUCUGAAGUGAUAAUUUAAAAAGCACUCUUCAAGCCAUCAAAGUAUGAAAGCAAAGUAAAGAAAACAUAUACUCCAAAUGACUAAAUUAUUUCUAUCAUUGUCAUGAUCUGUUGUCGUUGCAA